CAACCAUGGGGUGCAUUAAAAGCAAAGAAGAUAAAGGUCCAGCCAUGAAAUACAGAACUGAUAAUACUCCAGAACCUGUUAUUUCCCACGUCAGCCAUUACGGAUCAGACUCCAGCCAGGCAACACAGUCACCAUCAAUAAAGGGAUCAACAGUUAAUUUUAACAGUCAUUCUAUGACUCCAUUUGGAGGACCCUCAGGAAUGACACCCUUUGGAGGAGCAUCUUCUUCAUUUUCAGCUGUGCCAAGUCCAUAUCCUAGUACUUUAACAGGUGGUGUUACGGUAUUUGUGGCCUUAUAUGACUAUGAAGCCAGAACUACAGAUGACCUUUCAUUUAAGAAAGGUGAACGGUUCCAGAUAAUAAAUAACACGGAAGGAGACUGGUGGGAAGCAAGAUCCAUUGCUACAGGAAAAACAGGCUACAUCCCAAGCAAUUAUGUAGCUCCUGCAGACUCCAUUCAAGCAGAAGAGUGGUAUUUUGGUAAGAUGGGCAGGAAGGAUGCAGAAAGGCUACUUUUAAAUCCUGGAAACCAGCGUGGUAUUUUCUUAGUAAGAGAGAGUGAAACCACUAAAGGUGCUUACUCCCUUUCCAUACGUGACUGGGAUGAGGUCAGAGGUGAUAAUGUGAAACACUACAAAAUCAGGAAACUUGACAAUGGUGGAUACUAUAUCACGACCAGAGCACAAUUUGAAUCUCUACAGAAGUUGGUGAAACACUACAGAGAACAUGCUGAUGGGCUGUGUCAUAAGCUAACAACAGUGUGUCCCACUGUGAAACCACAAACACAGGGACUAGCAAAAGAUGCCUGGGAAAUUCCUAGAGAAUCUUUGAGGCUGGAAGUUAAGUUGGGCCAAGGAUGUUUUGGUGAAGUAUGGAUGGGAACAUGGAAUGGAACCACAAAAGUAGCGAUCAAGACACUGAAACCUGGUACAAUGAUGCCAGAAGCUUUCCUGCAGGAGGCUCAGAUCAUGAAGAAAUUACGACACGACAAACUUGUUCCACUAUACGCAGUUGUUUCUGAGGAACCAAUCUACAUCGUCACUGAAUUCAUGACAAAAGGCAGCUUGCUAGACUUCCUUAAAGAAGGAGAAGGGAAAUACUUAAAACUCCCACAGCUGGUCGACAUGGCUGCUCAGAUUGCUGAUGGCAUGGCUUACAUUGAAAGAAUGAACUACAUCCACAGGGAUCUCCGGGCAGCUAACAUUCUUGUAGGAGACAAUCUUGUGUGUAAAAUAGCAGACUUCGGUUUAGCAAGGUUAAUAGAGGACAAUGAGUACACUGCGAGACAAGGAGCUAAAUUUCCAAUUAAAUGGACUGCUCCAGAAGCAGCAUUGUAUGGUCGGUUUACAAUCAAGUCGGAUGUGUGGUCAUUUGGAAUUUUACUGACAGAGCUGGUAACAAAGGGGAGAGUGCCAUAUCCAGGGAUGGUGAAUCGGGAAGUGCUGGAACAAGUGGAGCGUGGAUAUAGGAUGCCUUGCCCACAAGGCUGCCCAGAGUCUCUCCAUGAGUUAAUGAAACUGUGUUGGAAGAAAGACCCUGAUGAAAGACCAACAUUUGAAUAUAUACAGUCUUUCUUGGAGGACUACUUUACUGCUACAGAACCACAGUACCAGCCUGGAGACAAUUUAUAAGCCAAGAGUCUAUAUAACAUGCACAAAUCUGCCAAAUGUAAAAGACUUGCAAAGAAUUCCUGAUGUCUGUAAGGAAUCAAAGGAAAGAAAACCUUCGCUACUUUGCAUGCUCUUAAUGGCAAACUGGAAUUUCAUACGGCAGUUGCACAAAACCACUUUUAAAGUGUUAUAAUCUAAUUUACCAAUGACAUGUUUUUAUUUUUUUCCUCUUUUCCAACUUAUUUUCAGGGUCCAAAGGAAGCUUACUGAAAAUACGGGGUAGAAAAAUGAGCGUUGGUGUGAACAAUAGCAGAAAAAACAAUGUUUCAAAUCCUUUAUUCUCCCAACAUUUGAUAAUCAUUCUACUAAAGAGUGCAUUGUCUGGAAUUAGUGAUCUUGGGUUAAGAUAUUUUUAAAGCAGAAGAACUUUGUGGGACCAAGCAAUUCUAUUCCAGUUCUGUAGAAUUCCCUGUGUUCAAAAUUACAUGUGUGUGUCCACCGCCCCCCCAAAAGAAAAGAUGGUACAACUGUAUUUGAUAUAUAGUCUUGAUCUUUAAGCUUCCUCUUGCAUGGACUUAAUUAGGGUAGG